AUGUCGCCUUGCUCGCUCAAACGACUUACAAACAGGACGCUGGUGCAUGCCACAGCGAUUGUCGAUCGCAUUGUAUCAGCGCCGUUUGAUCCAACGGGGAAGGAGUUGCGUCUCGUCAUAAAAAACCUGGACAGGCUAAGUGACCUUAUUUGCGGGGUCAUAGACAUGUGUGAGCUCGUACGAAAUGCGCAUCCUGAUCAGUCAUGGAAGAGGGAGAGCGAUCAGGCGUAUACUGUUCUGUGUGGUUUCAUGAAUGAGCUAAACGCCAAGCGAGAAUUGUGGGAGUCGCUGGUCAAAGCCACCACGCAUCCACAUCCUGAACCUCUAUCGUCGCUCGAACUCAAAGUAGCCCACACUUUCCUUGCCGACUUUGAGCGCUCAGGUAUACACCUUCCUCCGGUCGCUCGCGCAAACUUUGUCAAGCACUCGGACAAUCUCAUACCUCUUGGACGCUCCUUUUUGUCUUCCGCGCACUCUGGUCCCAGCCCCACGCCAGCGAUAGAGAUCCCCAGGCCUGAGAGUCUACUCGGGGACAAUCUGGAUGCCGAGUUUGUCCACCAACUCCCUCGAAACGGCCGGCAAGGCCCCGCACUAGUGGUGCCCGGAAGCUGGGAGGCGUCAAUGAUCUCUCGCCACGCAAGGGAUGGUGAGGCCAGACGGCUUGUCUACAUGGGCAGUAUGCGAGAAGACAAGGACAGAGUGCGAGUCCUGGAAGAGAUGCUCACCGAACGGGCCAAGUUGGCUGAUGUGCUCUGCAAGGAAAGCUGGGCCCAUAUCGUACUUGCCGACAAGAUGGCCAAGACACCACACAAUGUCAUGGGCUUUCUCGAGUCGCUUUUGCAACACAACCAUUUGGCAGCACAGGCGGAUGUAGCGAGGCUCCAGGGGCUCAAGUGGACUGCAUUGACCGGCAGCCCCUCGGAAUCAAGUACCAGGGUGCGACACCUGGCUCCGUUGUACGCCUGGGAUAAAGAAUACUACUCUCGCAAGUACACAUCGUCGUUAUCACCCUCUGGCGAGCUCCCUUCCAUUGCACCAUACUUUUCUAUCGGCACUGUCAUGGCAGGUUUGUCCACCAUCUUUUCCAAACUGCAUGGCAUAUCCUUCAGACCGUCAUCGAUCGCUCAAGGCGAAGCCUGGCACUCUUCCGUCCGUCGGUUGGAUGUCUUGGACGAGAAGGAAGGUGUGAUUGGAUAUAUCUACUGCGACUUUUUCUCCCGCCCGGGCAAGCCGACUGGGGUUGCACACUAUACUGUGCGCUGCUCCCGGCGGGUUGAUGACGAUGAUGUUGACGGCGACCGGAUGAGCCCGGGGUGGGAUAAGAGCUAUGGCGGUGGCUUGGAAACGCGGGGUGAAGUGCUUCAAGGGAAGGAAGGGCGAUUUCAGCUGCCGAUAGUGGUGUUAAUGACCGACUUUGGAAGCGUCGCAGAGGGCAGCCCGGCUUUGCUCGAUUGGAACGAGCUGGAGACGCUGUUCCAUGAAAUGGGGCACGCUAUUCAUUCCAUGAUCGGUCGGACAGAGUAUCAUAAUGUUUCUGGAACUCGAUGCCCCACCGACUUUGUCGAGCUGCCUUCCAUCCUGAUGGAGCAUUUCGUAUCCUCCCCCGAAGUCCUGAGCACCUUUGGUCGCCAUUAUAUCACGGGCGAGGCUCUUCCCAUCGACCUUAUCGAGUCCCACCUCCGCCUGAACCAGUCACUUUCGGCGCUUGAAGUGCACGGUCAGAUUAGUAUGGCGCUGCUAGACCAAAAAUACCACUCCUUUCACCAUGGCAAAGACUCUCUCGACUCUACCGCCAUCUGGCAUCAGCUGCAGACUGAUGUGGGCGUCAUAGAUCCUGUACCUGGUACGGCCUGGCAGACGCAAUUCGGUCAUCUCUAUGGCUACGGAGCCAUGUACUAUUCGUACCUGUUUGACCGAGCCAUUGCUGGUAAAGUCUGGUCAACGCUCUUUACAGGACCAAGCCCGAGAGGCAUCUUUGGGGACGCGGACGCAGGAGGGAUCUUGAACAGGGAUGGAGGAGACGUACUUACAGAUAGAGUGCUAAAAUGGGGUGGGGGGAAGGAUCCGUGGGAGAUGGUGGGUGAUGUUAUUGGUGGGCAUGAAGGAGAGGUAGUCAGCCGUGGGGACAAGAGGGCGUUGGAACUUGUAGGAUCCUGGAUGUUGAAAUAG